GGUGCGCCGCCAUGCAUGCUGGGAGCGGUAGUUUCUUCCCAGCUCUCGCUCCCCGACUGCUGGGGCACAGCGGUGCGGGGCGCCGCCGCCGAAGACUACGACUCCCAGAAGGCCGGUGGGGCCAGCUCCUCAACCUGCCGCUCUGCCGCCUCCAGCGACUACAAUCCCCAGCGCGCUCCGCGGCGCGGUAGAGGGGAACGGGAAGGAGAAUCCGGUCGGAGAGGGAGCGGGCUGGCGGGCCGCGGUUGCGCAGAGCGCGGCUUCCUGAGUGUCUGGUGGCGGCGGCCAUUUUGUGGUGCUUCUUCCUUCUCCUGUUCGGCCUGCGGUGUCGGGACCUGGAGAGGGGGCGAGACGGAGCGAGGGGAGCCGGGGCCCUCACCCUCACCUUCCCUUCUCCUCCCUGCGCGGCGGAGCCCCCCUCCAGCGCUGCCUCCGGCUGUAGCUGAGAGCGGCGCUCACGCACCAUUAUGGAAGACGACGGGCAGCCCAGGACCCUUUGUGAUCUUUCAUAUAAACGAAAGACUCGCUGACCUCCAAGAGCAACUAAUAAUAUUCUAUGUAGGAAACCUCUCCAGAGAUGUGACUGAAGUACUUAUACUUCAGUUAUUCAGCCAGAUUGGACCAUGCAAAAGCUGUAAAAUGAUAACAGAGCAACCCGAUAGCAGAAGGGUCAACUCUUCUGUUGGAUUUUCUGUUUUGCAGCAUACAAGCAAUGACCCUUAUUGCUUUGUGGAAUUUUAUGAACACAGAGAUGCAGCUGCUGCAUUAGCUGCUAUGAAUGGGAGAAAAAUUUUGGGAAAGGAGGUCAAAGUAAACUGGGCGACAACACCAAGUAGCCAGAAAAAAGAUACAUCCAAUCACUUCCAUGUGUUCGUUGGGGAUUUAAGUCCAGAAAUAACAACAGAAGACAUCAAGUCAGCAUUUGCUCCUUUUGGUAAAAUAUCGGAUGCACGGGUAGUUAAAGAUAUGGCAACUGGAAAGUCAAAAGGCUAUGGUUUUGUAUCUUUUUAUAACAAACUGGAUGCAGAAAAUGCUAUUGUACACAUGGGAGGCCAGUGGCUGGGAGGCCGUCAGAUCAGAACUAACUGGGCAACAAGGAAACCACCAGCUCCAAAAAGUACACAAGAAAAUAAUACAAAACAAUUGAGGUUUGAAGAUGUAGUAAAUCAGUCAAGUCCAAAAAAUUGUACUGUGUACUGUGGAGGAAUUGCCUCUGGGCUAACAGAUCAACUUAUGAGACAGACUUUUUCACCAUUCGGACAGAUUAUGGAAAUAAGAGUGUUUCCAGAAAAAGGUUACUCAUUUGUCAGAUUUUCAACCCAUGAAAGUGCAGCACAUGCUAUUGUUUCAGUUAAUGGAACCACAAUUGAAGGACAUGUUGUUAAAUGUUAUUGGGGUAAAGAAUCCCCUGAUAUGACUAAAAACUUCCAACAGGUGGACUACAGUCAGUGGGGGCAAUGGAGCCAAGUGUAUGGAAAUCCGCAGCAGUAUGGGCAAUAUAUGGCUAAUGGGUGGCAAGUACCAUCAUAUGGAAUGUAUGGCCAAGCAUGGAAUCAACAGGGUUUUGGAGUAGACCAAUCUCCAUCUGCUGCUUGGAUGGGUGGAUUUGGUGCUCAACCUGCCCAGGGACAAGGUGCUCCUGUAAUACCUAACCAAGCUGGAUAUGGUAUGGCAAGCUACCAAACACAGUGAGCUGGGACUCUGUUUAAAAGUGUGUAUUUCAUGAUAGGCUGCAGUUUCCAGUGACACUCUGAAGACUGGAAUGUAGACAAUGAAAAAAGAAAAUAUUUAUUUUAAAAAUGGAAAUGUUUGGAACCUUUAGCACAGCUUUGCUUUGGUGAAGGACACAAAUGUCUUCUAGUUCUGCCUUUUUAAGUUUUUGUUCAUGAUGGAUAUGAACAUGUUUUUCUUUGUGUACAAAAACUAAAAUAAAGUCAAUAAAGACAAUUCUGACUACAAAUUUUGAUAUAGUAGGAGAAGUGGCUAAUCAAUUUGAUCUUUAGGUUACCAUUCCAUUUUUUUGGUUCUGUCUUCAGUGUUUUUAUCACUGUGCUUUUUAAGAGAAAUGACAUUGAAAAAGAGCAAGUUGCUUUUAUUUGAACACACAUCCUGAAAUAAACUGUGGACCAAUCAUUACAACCUAUUAGACAGUAUUGAUUUUUCAGGAAACCUGUGGGCAUCACUCAGAAAACAUAGGCAGGUCUUGGAGUAAUUUUUUAAAAAAAAUAUUUAAUUUUUCUACAUGUUUAAAGAAAACAAAGUCUGAUACAAAGAAUAGUUCAGUCUGAAAUGAAAAACAGUACUGUCUGAGUUAGUUCAUGUAACUUUUACUGUCCACAUUCAGGCACAUACUAAAACAUUUCAAAGAUCAUUUGCUUAUUAAGACUGUAGUAAUUUGCAUUUAAUUUUGAGAAGCAAAAAUGUUUUUGCAAGUAUGUUGUUUGUAUUCAAAUCAGACAGUCAUACUUGUGCUUUUACAUAAAGUUUGAAGGUUACACAUUGUAAAUAUUUCAUAAUUACAGUGUUUCAAAAGCAUGCUCGAACAUAGAAGUAGCAAUGUAAUUAUUCAAAGUAAUACUUAAUAUACUCUACCGCUUUAAAUGCGGUAGAUUGACAAGAAUGUGCAAGACUGACAUUUCCAAAGUUGGCUAUUAUGUAAAGUUACAUAAAGUACUAUAACAAAGAGCCUUAAUUUUAAUUUCAUAAAUCUUUAAUGCAUCACCUUUUUGUCAUUAGAAAUAUGAAUUUUUGCUUUACAUUAUUUGGUAUGUAAAUACCUUGGUUAACAACCUUGUAAACCUAUUUCAAGGUUAUUAUAAGUUGUAUAGUAUCUUGAGUGUUUUGAAAAAUCUUGAUGUUUUUUAAGUCUAGAAAUAUUUUGCCCAAGAAUUUUUUAACAAGAUUGUUAAAAACAUCUUAUUUUAGAGAAUAUUCAAUGUGCCAUUUGGUAAAUGGAGAUGCAGUUGAAACAGUACACUGAGUUGUGACUUAUUUUUAAUUAAAAGUUUUUGUCUUUAUGGGUGGUUUGCAUGUGAUGAACCUGUACAGAGGCUGGGUUGUUUGUGUACUGAGUGUGUAAAUGGAUAAAUCAUGAAGAUGUUUAAAUGGUAUACUUGGGUUAUUUCUGAAUUAUUUUAUGGAUACGUUGAUAUAAACUGCCUCAAUAAAUUUGAAGUUGAAAAUGAAUGUAAGUUAGAUAUAAGUACUGUGUUUUGCCUGUGACAGCUAGGGGGUGCAAAUGUUUCAGCUGUAUACUAAAAUACUUUGAGGCAGGCACAGUUGAAAAAUACAGGAUUUGCAGUGGUAGUUCAGUGAAGCGAACUUGCAUUUGAAAAGAAAUAGAAUGUUAGAUCUUAGAGAUUACAGUUUUAAGAGUGUUUGAGAAGCUUCUUAUUGUAUCUUUUCUGUUUCUUAUCGUGCAGAUGUUGCAAGUUAGAACAAGAUUAUGAAAUGGAAACUUGCAGUUUUGUUAAACCCAGCCAAGUUGUGCAGAUAACUACACUUAAUGCUGUAGCAAAUCACAUGUGUUUUUUCUUCUACUUCUAUUUGAUGUGUUUAAUAGUACCUUCACUUUUAGAUCCAGGUUGAAAGUGAGAUAUUCUGGAAGAGAAAUUUUAGUCCGUUGGCUGUACCUAGAGAUAUUUGUAACUCUGGGCUUCUAAUGCAUGCAAUAAUGACUGGAGUUAGUGUGGAACCAUAAGCGCUUGUGAUGACAGAAUUGGCCCUUUAUCUCUGUUUCUUCUUUAUGGUAUACUUAGCAUUUUUCAACUCAAGUUAGGAAUCUUGUCUACAGGACUCUUGUUUUUCUAUAAAUUUUGUAUAUAUGUGUAUAUCUAUGCGAGGAUCGGCUUAUACAUUGUAGUUUGAAAAAAAUUUCACAAGUAAGUCUGCAUUUUUAUUACACUUACCUGAUUUUAAAAAAAAUCACGAGUCACUAGAUAUAUGAAUUUGCAAGUUAUUUUAGAAUUUCUUUAACUUCACUUGAAAUCUGGGGUUUCUACGUAUGAAUCUAGAUGUUUGAUGUAUGACUGUUGUAUUCUGGAUGCAUGCUGUGAUAUAAGCAGUAUGUUCUUUAGGCGCUACUGAAGAUUUAGAUGAUGCAAGUACAUUGCCAUAUAAAUGCCCAAAUAAAUGGGUGCAAGAUUAAGGCAAUGAUCUUUCAGGAUCUUAAUGUACAGAUCACCUUAAAUCUGAUUAAAUAAUAUGCCUACUGCAGAGCUGGGCCUUAUCUGGCCUGUAUUUCAGGAUGAAAGAUAGGAUAUCCUUUCUCAUUGAAGUAAUUUUUUGUUGGUUUUUAUACAGCUCUUCUUUAAUGGUGAUAUUCUUCGCAGACUACUCAAGAUACAGGAGUCUCCAGUGUCCUUUAAGGUUUCUGUAGCAUUUGGAUUACUUUCCACUUGGUAGCAUUCAUAAAUGCAUUGCUGACAAUUUUUUGGCACCAAAGAGCCUCUUGCACCAUACUGCUUUUGUGAAUGACUGUUAUGCUAUUGUAAUUCCUCUAAUUACAGAAAUCAACCACUACGUAACCCCUUACCACUAGGAUUUGGAUUUCAAAAAGCAUUGAUUUAUCGUGGCUUAAGUUGAUGCAUACAACCUGAAGCAAGGUAUAAUCUGCAUUUGCAGAAAAUGUCCAAUAAAAGUGAAACAUGAUAAAGGGCUUAUCCUGUAUUGUCAUCUGUUAAAAACAUUGUCUCUCUUUGCUGUAAAACUGAUAACAGGUAUACAAGGCUGAUCUUGUAAACUAUGCACUUGCAAUCAUGUAAAAAAUGUUUUAUUUGAAACUUUUCAUACAAAACCAUUUUGUAUUUUGCAGAGUUGCAGUAGUAAGGCUGUAAAUAUGAGGUUACACAUAGCUCUUAAUCCUGCCUCCUUGUGUAUGUUUGUUAAGUUUUCAAAUAUUCUUUCUGCAGGACCUUCCUCCUCACUCAUUAAGAAAACUUCAUGAGACAGCUAUUCAUUGUGUUGGAACUACUCCCCUCACUUCAUUCAUCAAAAAAUUUUCAGUGACUGAGUCUUGCAGAAAACUGGUGAUUUGGUGUUUUUUUUGUUUUUGUACACAAGGAAGCAGACAUACUAUAUUGAUAUCAUUAGUUCUGGCACUUCUUAAUUAUUUAUUUUCUGAACAAGGGCACAGGUCUUUGUUUUAAUCACAUGGAACUGUUCCUGGUCAGCAAUAAAAGAUUUUGUUGUACUGUUCAUAUAUUAUAAGAUAUAGGCAACAUUUUUUUUGGUGUACUUCAAAAAAAAAAAAAAAAAAGUGUAGGGUUUUGAAGGAGCUGCCUUGUUCCAACUUGAAUCUUCAUACGUAAUUACAGAUUGAGAUAUUUGAAAUUUUUCUGGUCCGCUAUUAUAAUCGCGAAAGGAAGGUGUUUUGUUGAAAGUGAAUGGAAAUUUAUUUGUUUGUAUGUGGGUAUCUAUCCAAUGUUGGCAGAUUUAGGGGUUUCACUAUGCAAUAAUGUUUGCAAAGGCAAGACACUAGCAGGGUAGGUACUGUCAUGUCUCAUUUCAACCAACUCUUAUGAACACAGUGGAUUCUUAAAAACAUACUUUUUUUUACAGUAUUUAUCGGAGAACAAUGAAAUCCUUUUUUUUUCUUUUUUUUUCUUUCCCCUACCAUCAGUUCUACUCAAAGAAAAUGCUGAAAUGUUUACCAUAAUGUUUACUGAAUGUUUUACUUUGAAAAGAGGCAGGACUUCAGGGUGCUGAGUGAACACUGAUAUUGUCAUCUUUCUGGAGAUGCAUGCUGAUCUAGAUCGCAGAUGAGAUUGACAUGCUUUGCUCACCAGUGUUUAAAGGGUAAUGACUCUAAUUUGAUAUCAUUAAUUAUUUGAAUACAAGUUUUUGUUGCUGAAAUACACAGCUACUUAUGGUUUAAUUAAAGCUGAUCUGAACCUUCUUGGUUAUUGGGGUAUUUCUGUGGUAAGAAACAUUGCUCUAUCUUGUAUCUUGGUAUUCAGGUUGUCAAUAACACUUCAAAGUUCCACCAACAAUCUUUUUUGUUUAGAAAAAAAACAGUGGAACUCUUUUGUCAAGGAAUUCAGUGUAAAUUGCAUUUUCUGUAGUGAUGGGCAAUGAUGUUUGAAUAUUGCCCAGUGCCUUUAAAAGCAAGGGAUCAGUAGGCUUUUGGAGGAGAUGAACUUACCCACUCUGGCACCUCCUCUUACUCUUCAUAUUGGCAGCUGAGAAACUCUUUAUGAAACUUGGACAGUAUUGAAAGCUUUGGUUCAGAGUUCUUCAUCUCAGCUGGGGUGUGGUAUUCCAGCCCACAGUACCACUUGCUCUCGUUUGCACAAACCCAGAUUCUCACUGAUCCCGGAUGUUCAACAGCUAUCUUUCCCCGCUGUUUGCAGGGGAAGGGGACGGAGGAGGAAAGGGGAAGCUUGACAAUAGUCCAGAUCUUCCAAUCUUUGGGAAAAGAAUGGUGAAAUUGGGUGAUGGACACGCCAGACAAGAUAGCAUUGUGGAUGAUGGAGCAGCAUGAAUGCCAAGUCAUACUGUUAGAGACAUUUAGAAUCAGGACAGGCAUAUGCUGAUACCACAGUGAUAUCCAAAGGGUUGUGAGCAUUCAGACACUAAUUUGCUUCAUAUCUUGCUGACAUUAUUAGCCAUUUCAAUUUUUGAGAAGAUUUGUACAUACUUAACAACCAAAUUGGAAUACCUCAGAUGACUACACAAAUGGAAACAGGAAACUGAAAGGAGCAAAUUGAGAUAAGCUACUGAAUUUGUAGAUCUUGGCAUGAUUUAGAUCUCUUAGGUUAGCAUUCUGUUAUUUGCCUGAAUUGACCCUUUUGUUCUUUUAACUGAAGUACUUUGAAAUAUGCAUGGCUUCUGAUUGAAUGUCUUUCCAUUCUUAAAUGUGUCAUUAUUGGACCACGUCUAGGUAGUAAUUGAAUAAGAAUCAUAUUUACCAUAUGAAGAAAUGGCAGAAUAAUGUUUGUGUUUCCUAGAUGAACGUUGACUUACCAGAGCCGAGUAUGUAGCAGUUCAAAUAUGGAUGGGUAAUAGUGAAAAGUCACCAUCUUCUGUUUCAGUAGCUAGGGUUUUUUUGUCCUUAAGUAGAGAAUUAGCAUUGAGGUGGAUCUUCCUUGGUAGAUGCUCUUACAGUUUCUUUGGCCCUUUCAAUGAGGUAGAUCUUUGUCAUUCCACAAGUGAUGUCUUUUCUCUAAUGCAGGUUGUCAAAUGUGGUGGGAAAGACCAAUUCACAGUCUGACUAGUUCAAAUCUUCCAGCUCUGAUAAUGCUUGUGGAGGGAGAAGGAGAACAUAAAACUGAUACAGCAAUUGAAAAAAUCUUAAUUACUAAAGGAACUACUUAAUUUUGCAGUAUACCUUUGUAGAACCAUUUCUGCUGAAGUUUUCCUUGCACCUGAAAGCAUGAGGAGGUUACACGAGUACACCUUAUACUGUAAAGAUGGAAUCAGCGUUUGAAACUGCUGUUAUGUGCUGCAGCCACCAUAAUGGAUCACUGUUAUACUCAAAUGCUGGAAAUUUUUUUGUUGUGUUGCUGCUUGCUUUGUUUUAAAUGCAAAGCUUGUGUUCUGUAGAGAAUAAACCUCCUGUGUAUUUGCAAAUAUUCAGAGAAGGCUGUGUCCAACAUUAUUUUUUGAACUCCUACUGUCUUGGUGUGAAUUAGUGCUUCUUUCUUUCAUUACAGAAGUAAUAUGCCAUGGUUUUAUAAGAGAAAUUCCUGCUGCUGUAUUUAUGAUUGAUUAUUUAAAAACAUGGCUAAUUUCAGGUGGACUUUAAAAAGUGAAUGCUUCAAACACAUCGUUCCUAGCUUAAUCUUACCCCCUACUCUAAGGAUUUAUGUGGUCCGUGGAAUAAGAAUUUUCCAUGGAACCCUUCUAUUUAGUUCCUUAAAAGGGGCAUUCUUAGAAGGCAGAAAGUUACUGUAAGACUAAGUAUGGAUGUAACAAGACAUUGCUGCAGAAGUAUAAGAACUGUUCAUACCUAUCGCUAAUAUAUUAUGAAACAGUUAAUACCUGAAGUCAGAGGACCAACUUGGACAUUACUGAUUAGUCUGGUAGCAUUGUAGCUGUAUUUGUUAUACUUUGUCACUCAGAUUUUAACCAAGAAACAUGAUCAGUCUGUUUUUAAGAUGUACAGCCAGUACAGAAGGUGAUGCUUUAUGCAGGUUGACUUCUUACAACACUCUUUUGGACACCUUCUUGUUCUAUGGGGCUUUAAAAAAUUGUAUAGAACCUGUCCAUGAAGGUGUAUAAAUGGAAAUUUGGCAAGGUGUGCAAUGUUUUGCUUUAAAUCCAUUUUACAAGGUUACAGCAUCUAGCAACAAGUAUCUGACAGAAUUUGCACAAAAGUAGAAAAUUAACACUAUAUCUAAAUGUUUCUGCUGUAAAAUCUUAGCUAGAAUGUAUUGCUGGAUUUCCCUCUUUAUGCAUGACUUCUAGCUGAAAGAAAGGCAAGAUGCUAUCUGGGUAGAAGUAUACUAGCUAUCAUUUCAAUUUUUCUGUGUGAAUAUUGCAAGGUGAAUGCUUAGUGUGUUUUAUAUAUCACGUGUCCUACUCUGAGUCUAUUGACCCUGUAUAAACAAGUAUUCUUUCAUACUAUUUUCAUUGUAGAAAAUACAAACUGAUACUUGAAUUGUUUCCCUGGGCUGGAAUUCAGUUACUGUUAAAUGUAUGCAUCUCUCACUCUGCAACCAUCUAUUUUGCCGUGUUUUUCAUUUUAAUUAUUUGUUUUUAGUCAACAGAUAGACCUGACUCUUGUGUACAAGGAGCCAGUCUGUAGCAUUUAUGUCUGGUUUUUAGCAGAAAGAUAUACUCUGGCUUCAGGUAUCAAUGUUUAUGUUCUUGAUACUGACCUAAAAAAGAUGAAGAAUGCUUCCUGUGCGUUACGAAAAUUUUUGAUUUCUUGUGUCUGUAAAUGCUUUAAUAUCUGCAAAUAGAUUUUGAAAGUAUGUUAAACACCUUUUUUGUGUCUUCAGAUUUGAAUCAGACUGGACAUGAUUCACUAAAUCUGAGGUGUCUCAUCCCCUUCCUCCCCAUCUGACAAAUAAUCCAGAGGGCUUUAGAAUGCUUUUAAGGUUUUGAUGUUGAUAUGUUAAUUGAUUUCUAUUUUAGUGUAUGAAUAUGGUUUUACUAAGUCAAAAUUUCUACUGUUUUACCAAAUCAAAUUUUUAUUGCUGUGAAAUUGGUUCUCAAAGACCAAUUUUUUGCAACUGAAAGGUGACAUACCUUUUUGGUUUGGAAAGGAAAAUAAAGUGCCUUCACCUUAAUUCCUUCUUUUUUAUCUUUAUAGACUAAAGUUGAAGAAACUGAAGAAGUGAUUUUUAUCAGUAAGGUUAUUAUCAAACUCAAAUAUGCAUUUAAUGCUGAACUAAUGCAGUGUUUUUGCUUCCUCAUUGGCACAUGCAAGGAAGAACAUAAAACUUCAUUUAAAAUUUUUUUUUACCUACAUACAUUGCGAGCUCUGAAUUACUUGCUCUUAUUUUUUUCAGUGCAGUUUAUGGAGAGGUCCAGAUAUGACAUUAUAUACCUGAUGCAUAAGAUAUAAGUGCUACUGGAAUUGGUUAGCCUGGAAUUCAGUUUCUGCCCAUUUAAAUAUCACUAGUAGAUUUGUAUAAUCUGUAUUUUGGCACAUAUAAGACUGUUGGGAAUUGGAUGUGUUCAGGAAUACAGAGAUGUUCCACAAGAUUAGGGAGAUAAAUUGAUCGUGUAGACCUCUGUGUACUAGAAUGUAAUACAAAGCAGUGAGUCAGAGCUUUCUUUAACUUUGAAAUGAGGGAUGCUGGACAAAUUCCCCUGUUCCCCCCUGAUUUAGGCAAGCUUGAAAUAGAAUACAGUUUUCUACCUGGACUUUCUUCAAAGCUGUAUAAUACUGUGUACCUUACAGGAAGGAUAUGUUUCUAUUUUCCACAGUGUGUAUCUUUUGAAAUAAAUGUUUUGUUUCCUAUUCCUUUA